AUGAAUCCCGAAUACGAUUACCUCUUCAAGCUCCUCCUUAUCGGUGACUCCGGUGUAGGAAAGUCCUGUCUGUUGUUGCGAUUUGCAGAUGACACUUACACCGAGAGUUAUAUCUCGACUAUCGGUGUUGACUUUAAAAUCCGCACGAUCGAGUUGGACGGCAAGACCGUUAAAUUACAAAUUUGGGAUACCGCUGGACAAGAGCGUUUCCGUACCAUCACAUCCUCGUAUUACCGAGGUGCUCACGGUAUCUGCGUUGUCUACGAUGUGACCGACAUGGACUCGUUCAACAACGUAAAGCAAUGGUUACAAGAGAUCGACAGAUACGCAACAGAGGGCGUCAACAAGUUGCUCGUAGGCAACAAAAGUGAUAUGUCAGACAAGAAGGUCGUUGACUACACCGUCGCGAAGGAAUUUGCUGACAGCCUCGGCAUCCCAUUCCUCGAGACUUCCGCCAAGAAUGCCAGCAACGUCGAGCAAGCUUUCUUGACCAUGGCACGCCAAAUUAAGGAAAGAAUUGGCACAACUACCGCAAACAAUAAGCCAGCGGUACAAGUCGGGCAGGGCCAGGGAGUACAAUCGGGGUCUGGUGGUGGAUGUUGUUAG